AUGAGCUUAUCUGGGAUCGGUCAAUUUGCCAACAGAAAUCUAGUCAAAACACUAAAAUAUGCCGCCCAGUCACAGUUAUAUCUUCAUCAGGCUGGGUCCACCGCAUUACUAUCUUUUAGCUCCAACCCUGCACGCCUGCCGAUAGGCAAAAUCAAAGCAAUAGAUAAUAUAGGUGGUGACUACCAAGUCACACCUGAUAAUUUCGUUGAAAACAAGUCUUUCAUCGAGCGCUUACAACAGGUUAUUAAAGACCACGUUGCUGAUGAAAUGAUGUAUCGACUGGAUUCGCUUAAUUAUCGAAAUUCUUAUAUGCCCAUAUAUGAUCUGAAACGUGUUCCCGAAUACAUGAACCAGCAAGUGAAUGUUGAUAACGUGUUAGGCUACAUCAAAGUUGAUGCAAUGGGCAAUAUGGAUCAGUCCACCUACCAGGCUAAUAACACAUAUAGAUUGUGCAAUGCAGACGGAAUUAUAAAAUUGAGCGACGUUAUCCUGGAGGAAUUGAAAAAACACUUGUGA